AGGGCCAGGCGUUUCUGGAUGGUGCCUGUUCAGAUGAGUUUGCGGCGGCUGUGGAGGCCUUCCCUCAUGAAGAUGUCUUCCUGUUUGCGGCGCUCAUGGCCCACGAGCUCGGGCACAACCUGGGUAUCCAGCACGACCACCCGAGCUGCAGCUGUGGUCCUAAGCACUUGUGCCUCAUGCAUGAGAAGAUCAGUAAGGACAGUGGCUUCAGCAACUGCAGCUCUGACCACUUCCUCCAUUUCCUCCACGAGCACAGAGGGGCCUGCCUGCUUGACCAGCCUUGGCACCAGAGCCGCAAGCGCAGAGAUGCCCGCUGUGGAAAUGGCGUGGUGGAGGAUCCGGAGGAGUGUGACUGCGGUAGUGCCUGUGACAGUCACCCAUGCUGUGGGCCAGCAUGUACACUGAAGGAGGGUGCACAGUGCAGUGAUGGACUCUGUUGCUACCAGUGUGCAUUCAAGAAGAAAGGGAGCUUAUGUCGUCCUGCCGAGGAUGUGUGCGACCUUCCCGAGUACUGUAAUGGCAACACUCCAGAAUGCCCUGCAAACAGCUACAUGCAGGAUGGCACACAAUGUGAUAGGAUUUACUACUGCUCUGGGGGUUGGUGCAAGAACCCUGAUAAGCAAUGCGCAAGGAUCUAUGGGUAUCCUGCAAGAUCUGCCCCUGAGGAAUGUUACAUUUCAGUUAAUACUAAAGCGAACCGGUUUGGAAAUUGUGGCCACCCCACCUCGGCUACCUUAAGAUAUGAAACAUGUUCUGAUGAGGAUGUAUUUUGUGGGAAACUGGUAUGUACAGAUGUUAGAUACUUGCCGCAGGUCAAACCCCUGCACUCGCUCCUCCAGGUUCCUUAUGGAGAUGACUGGUGUUGGAGCAUGGAUGCCUAUAACGUUACUGAUAUCCCCGAUUACGGAGAUGUGCAGAGCGGCACCUACUGUGCUCCUAACAAAGUCUGCGUGGAGUACAUCUGCACUGGUCAUGCGGUGCUCCAGUAUGACUGUGAGCCACGGGAAAUGUGUCAUGGGAAUGGAGUGUGCAACAAUUUCAAGCACUGUCACUGUGACGAUGGCUUCGCCCCUCCUGACUGCAGCAGUCCAGGAAAUGGGGGCAGUGUGGACAGUGGUCCUGUUGGUAAGACAACUGAUCGAAACUUGAGUCUUUUUACAUUUGGCGAGAGUCAAGAUGCCAGGAUGGACGACGACGAGAUCAACCUGAAAGUGGUGGUGCUCGUGGUCCCUAUAUUCCUUGUCCUCUUACUGUGCUGUCUGAUGCUGAUUGCCUACCUCUGGUCUGAGGUACAGGAAGCAGUGUCUCCAGGGUCUUCCUCAGAAUCUUCAUCGUCAGAAUCCUGGUCAGAGUCAGAGGACUGAUCUUCUCCUGGAUUGUUGCUAUGGAUGGCUUGUAUUUGCAGGGCAGUUUUGACUAAGUGGUUUUUAGGGCGUGCUGCAUCUACACUGUUUAGUGUGUUUUAUAUAUACGUGUGUUGCUCAUCUCAGUAACAACUGGGUAUUAUAUCGUGAAUGUUCUUAUGGGAUCUCAAUGUUCUAACUUGCCCUGUCAGCUACUGUCCAUAAAAUAGAAGUCAUUUUAAAUAAAUAUAAAUUAUAAGGCC